GAAAUUGUUAUGCAUACAUAUACACGCAUCAGAUACAUCUGCUUCAGCUUGGAAAUCUGAUAUAACUGCCACUUUCAGAGGACACAAAAGGUGGCUUCAGAACAAGUUUGCUUCCUGUCAUGUAGUACUACUGUACCCAAGAGAUGUCAUGUACUCAUGUGAGAUGCCGGAGAUCAAACAGAUCAUGUGCUAGAUAGACCGAGCACGAGCUUUUUUGACUCGAUGUUCACAAAGAACAAACUGAUACGGGUGCAUGAACGACUCGCACAUCACAAUUUCAGGUAUCUGUCAGAAGAAGCGCCUAGAGAGUGGAACCAAUCGGUGUCCACCGAAAUUGUUCAAUCCCUCAAGCUGGAACCCAUCGCUGUCCCCUCGACUCCUUGCACACUGCCAAUAGCCAUGUUCUCGACACGCCUCAUGUUCGCUACGCGGUACGGUAUGGCAGCCGCAAAUGAUGAGAAAGCAACUACAGGCUCUGGCAUGCACCAAACAUUUUGCCCCAUCACAAUCUAAUCCAAACUAAUCAUAUGCUGCAACACUGCAUGUGCUGAUCCCAUGGUGCCUUGUCCCUUGCCAACUCUUCUCAAUGACAGCUCCACUUCACCAUGCAUCACGAUGUCCUUCCCCUCGCCACCUUGUCUAUAAAUUCAGUAAGCUGCUGGCUCAAUAUCAUCACUUGAUCAGCUCAUCCGUCAACUGAGAAUUGCAACAUCCAUAGCUCAUUCCUUGAAAUUCUCACAAGGACCAAGAACCAACCAUGGCCGGUGCGAAGAGACUUGCUCAAUUGGCAAAGAAGUGGCAGAGGGUGGAAGCACUCGGGAGGAAGAGGCUCACGGUAUCAGCCAAAGAAGAUCAAGAUUGCUGCGCUUCUGUACCAGCCAAGGGCCACUGUGUCAUGUACACGGCUGACGGGAGGCGUUUCGAGGUACCCUUGGAGUACCUCAGCAAGACUGUCUUUAGCGAGCUCCUCAGGAUGUCCCAGGAGGAGUUUGGCUUUGCAAGCGAUGGCAAGAUCACACUGCCUUGUGAUGCUGCAGUGAUGGAGUAUGUCAUGUGCUUGCUCAGGAGAAACGCCUCCGCCGAGGUCGAGAGUGCAUUGCUGAGCUCCAUGGUGACGCCUUGCCACCACACUGGCUGUGCGAUGCCUACUGUCGGAGCCAGCCAGCAGAUUUGCUGUUUGUAGCUUCUCAAGAACAUGCAUGCAGAGGCCCUGAUGAUGUCCUCUGUUUUGAGUACUUUGCCUGGGUAGUGUAAGAUAGUUAGACAGUAGAUAAUAGGAGCAGGAAAAUUGUAUGUAUAGCAAUCUGAUCAUCAAUGCAACAAAGCAGCAUUAUGGCCACCAGCAGUAUGAUAUGCAUUCUUCUCUUAAUUACAUUUCCGUUUCAUAUCUUGCUCCACAGAGAAUACACAACAAGUUUCCAUGCAAUCUACUCAAUAUAAGCCAGAACAUUAAAAAGAUAAAAAAGUUACGAAUUAGUGAAAUGACCAGGUGAUACAGGGGCCAUUCUAAUGAUGAAUCCUAUGGAAAAUUAUUGCAAUGCCAUCAAUCCAAUAAGAAAUGAAGUAUGACAAC